AUGAAUAAUCCUCAAUAUAUCAAUAAUCCAAUUAUCAUUGGAGCACCAUCUACAACGUCUCCAUCAGAUAUUAAUCCAGGUUCUGAUGGUGUUGAUUUCAUUGAAGUGAAUCCUUCUGUAUUUAUACCAUUUGCACCAGGAACAACACCAAUUAUAGUCACAGUUUCUGUACCUAAUAAGAAUACAAAUGUCAAUAAAAUAACAGUUACUAUCACAGAACCAACUGGUACAACUAUAGUCAAUGAAGUAUCACGAGAAAAUACAAAUAAAGUUGAUAGCUUUCCAAUCACACCAUUACCUGAAAAUAGCACAAUGACAAUAACCUUUGGAACAACUCGUGGACAACCGCCAGAAAAUGUAACCCUUUCGAUAAUUGCUUGUUAUACACCAGGAACAGCAACAACAAUUGUAACUAGCAGUACUAUUCCACCAAGUGUUAGUGGAUCUACGCCGACAUUGACAAUCAGUUCAACAAGUAUUGGUGUAACAGAAGGCAUGAAUAAUCCGCAAUAUAUCAAUAAUCCAAUUAUCAUUGGAGCACCACCUACAACGUCACCAUCAGAUAUUAAUCCAGGUUCCGAUGGUGUUGAUUUCAUUGAAGUGAAUCCUUCUGUAUUUAUACCAUUUGCACCAGGAACAACACCAAUUAUAGUCACAGUUUCUGUACCUAAUAAGAAUACAAAUGUCAAUAAAAUAACAGUUACUAUCACAGAACCAACUGGUACAACUAUAGUCAAUGAAGUAUCACGAGAAAAUACANUACGUCACAAAAACCGAGUUCACUCGAAAAAUUAA